AUGCCUGGACUCAUUCCCUUGAUGCUCGGCAACAGAGCGAGCUGGAUGCCGCCUCCGUCCAACAACACAUCACCAACAUCGGAGACGGCGCCAAAGCUCAGACGCCAAUCCACACAGAAUACCGACACAUGGCAGAGUUACCGAUCACAGCGUCCGAAGCCGGUCAAGCGCUUCUCACUUCCAGCACCAGCACCUCUUCCAAUGAUUCCCUAUUCAUCAGCAGAGUGGAGGAAAGCCAUCGCUGAGAUCAAGAGACACCACAUCGAGAAGAGAUACAGGGCCUGCUCAGCACGAUGUGUGGAAAUCCUCAACGCCAUCAAGGGCAAGUCUCAGGUUGAGCCAGUAUAUCUGAUCUAUCUUCACUUCUAUGCCGCCACUUCAUUGGAGAUUCUCGCCCGACCUCUCCCAUCAAGCUCACACAGAACCGACACCCUUCAACAAGCCCGCAACCACUUUAAUCGCGCAUCCGCCCUCAUCAACGCUGCCGAGGAAUCCGUCGUCAGUAAAGCACGAUCCAGCUCAUCCAUGUCGUCACGAGGCUCGAGUUGCCACUCGCCAUCAAGUUCCAUCAGCAGCUCUCGAGCUUGGACCCCAGAGACACCCACCGAGUCCGUUUCAUCUUGCGAAGAUAGCUGCAGCAGGGAUAUCUCCCCCAAACGUGUCAAGAAGGUCUCUUUCUCCCUCCCCAAGGAGGAACCCAUCCAGAUCAACAUUCCAGAGCCCAUGAUACGCCCAGACUCACCCACCCUCGGAUUUGACGACUUUUACUUCUCCUCACCAGUCCUCUCGCAAAAGCUGCCCGACUUGCCAGUAAGCCCCAAGUUCCAGGAAAGGUUCCAAGAGGUCGAAUAUCCAUUACACACCAUUCACGAAAGCGAAGACGAGCAUGACGACUCGUCAUUAGCAUCCCCUUCAUCAGUGACGUCAGAGGAAGAGGACGAAAACGCGUACAUGAUCUCCCAGACUGUCGACCGCUGCUGCGAACACCUCUCCGGUCUCCGAAAACAACUCAACCGUCAUUCCGCCAAUGUGGACCAGUGGCUCAGGUCGCCAAAUCUUGCCUCUGCUGCUCGUGCUAGGGCGAAUAGUGAGGUGGAGGAUAAGCAAGCCAGGAUUGAGAGGUUACGGAAGAUGAACUGGGAGAGGACGAGGUUUGAUCCGACGCGAUAUGAGGAGCUUUGCGAGGAGGUCAUGGCGGAGCUUUCCUGA